AUGAAAGGUGUUUUUGCAGUUGUGGCAUUCAUUCUGGUAAUGGGCCUCUUUACAUUUGCGCAAAGUAACCUAGAACGUGCAAAAAGAGAACUCAAAAGGCUACGAGAUGAGCUAGCCGGUGCUAAUAAGAAGAGCGACAUUUUGUUCCUGUUCGACACCUCCGGUAGGGUGUCGUCCAGUGAGUUUCAAACUCAAAAGGGAUUCGUCAUGAACAUUUUGAACACUAUAACUGUUAGCGUUGAUUCUACCCGAAUAGAAGUCAUACCUUUUGCCGACACAGCAAGCCGAUUCAUAGACGGAGUUUCCGUUCCCUCCUUGGACAAGCACAAGUGCCAGCUGGUUGAAAAAUUCAAUUCUAUGCCUCAAAGCAUCAAUGGCUUCGGCAGGAAUACGCAUGGUGCCUUUAAACUGGCCUUUGAUAUCUGCCUUGGACAAUUAAGCGCAUUGAAAAGGGUCCCCCUCUAUCGAGUGAAAACGGUGGUUAUUUUCCUCACGGUUGGUCCUUGGCAAGGCCAGAGCCCUGUUUCCAUUGCCAAGAAUCUACAACAGGCCAAUAUUGAGGUAUUUGUGAUCGGCGUCGGAAACAGAAUUCUGGAGAACAACUUACAAAAGAUGGUUAAUAAUGCAGACAAACAAGCCUUUUACUUCAGAACCUUUCAGGAGUUUGCUGAACUGUCGGUUUAUCUUAGAGGAGGUGAGUGA